UAACUUCUAACUUCAUUCAGUUUAUUCUUGGAUGCUCUUCAUUAUUUGUUUAAGUCUUCAACUCUCUAUGGUGGUGUGUUUAAGCUACAGUAGAGUAGAUUAGGGAAGUCGCCCAACCCCCAUAAUUUCAAUGAAAAAGAUCUGUUGGGUUCUUGUUUUUUGCAGUCCAGAUAGUGGUUUUUAUGGUUUCCAAUCUUUGAUUUGAUGAUGCUUUUUCGGUGCAGGUUUUCAUUUGGCCACCUAAUUUGAAGAAUCAGUUUUUUGUUUUGGCUGGGAAUUCAUUUUGAUCCCUGGUUUUGGUCGAAUAAGAGGUUGGGAUAAAUAGAGAAUGGAUGCCCAGCAAAUUGUUUCCUCUGCUACUCAGAUUGUUUCUGGCAUGAUUGGUGCGGUGGGCGCUCUGGAGCAAGCCUCGAGAAACCUCGAUGCAGCUCCUGGUAAGAUCAGAAGCCUCGAAGAGUUCAUGCUUGAGCUCGAAAAUUUGGUUGGGAGAGUCAAGCAAAGACAUGCUCAAAAGGUCCAUAAUCCCCAAUUAGAAAACCAGAUUCAUAGCCUUCACUCCUUGAUCGAAAGAUUACAACCCAAUGUCAGGAAAGUGAAGAAGAUUGUGUCACAGAGCACAGUUAAGAAUUGGGCAUCUGUAGUUUGGGAUUCAAUGGUUGGUGAUCCUCUCUCUAAAUCGAUUUUUUCAAUUAGGCAAGACCUGAACCAUUGGCUUGAAUUGCAGCACUUAACAGAAGACAUUGAGAGAGCCAUUGAUUCCAACGCCAAGAGUGUGCCCCUACUGUUCAAGACUAGCUCUGAUAAGGGAUACCCAAUUUAAAAUAGUCGAUAUGUGAAGAGUUUAUUGGUGCAAAAGAAAUCUCAUAAAGUUGUUCUUAUUGUGGGGUUAUCAGGAAUUGGAAAGUCUUGUUUGGCUAGACAGGUGGCCUCUAAUCCACCAAAGAGGUUCAUUCAUGGAGCUAUUGAGCUAAGCCUCGGGCAAUGGUGUAGUAGAACAGCUUGUGAUGGGAGUAAUUCCAAGUAUAGGGAGCGUUUGGCCAAGGAAAUUUCCAGGUUCUUGGUUCAAAUUGGUUGUGAUAAGAAGAUUUUGCAAGAGACUAAUGGGGACCUAGAUGCCGUAUGUGCCUUGCUCCAAGAAACUUUGGUUGGGAAGAGCAUUUUGGUAUUUCUAGAUGAUGUUUGGGAGCAAGAUAUAGUAGGCCGUUUCGCCAAAUUGCAUGGCAAUGAUUGCAAAUACUUAGUUACUACUAGAAAUGAAGCUGUUUAUGAGAUUACUGAAGCUGAGAAGGUAGAAAUAAGCAAAGAUGAUCUGAGAGAAAUAAGCAAGGCUAUUCUUCUACAUCACACCCUUCUUACAGAAGAAGAGCUACCGGAUCUUGGGGAGCGCUUGCUUGAACGUUGUGGCCACCACCCUCUUACGAUUGCAGUCAUGGGGAAGGCUCUAAGGAAAGAGACCAGGCCAAAGAAGUGGGAAAAUGCCAUAAACAAUCUUUCCACUUAUGCAACAUGUGCACCGGGCCCUGUUUCUUAUGUGAAUGAGAAAGAGGCAGAAAAUGUUCCUGUAUUUGGAUCGUUUGAAUUUAGUUUGGAAGCCAUGCCUGCACACUCCAAAAGACUUUUUAUUGCACUUGCAGCUGUUUAUUUGGCAGAACCAGCCCCUGAGGCCUGUCUUGAAGCUCUUUGGUACUCUCUAGGUCAAGGUAGUGUAUUCUCUCUGGUGGUCUGUAAGCUUGUUGAAGGCUCUCUAUUGAUCAAAGAUGAUUCAAAUCCAAUGUACUAUGUACAUGACAUGGUUUCUCUUUAUUUUGAUAGCAAAGUAGAUGAAGCAGUUAACAUUCUUUUAACCCAAUCUAGUUCAGAAAGUGCAGCAUCAGUUGCCCCAUGGCUUUUUUCCUCUGGGAAAGAGAAGGUGAAGAUAGCAGCAGAAGAGAAACUGAUGAGUUUCCUCAGUAUAUCACAGGAAAGGUUGGGAGUCGUUACUUUAGAAGCCAUAGUCAAUGCUCUUAUGGCUAGUAAAUCUGUCUCUGACUUGGAAGCAAGCAGCGCUAGCUUUAGAAGUAUAAUUGGACCAAGAAUAGUGGAACUAAUAUCGAUUGGUUCUCCAUAUAUCAGAGCAUCAGCUGCUAGGUGCAUGGUGAACAUAUUUAGCAGGGAUGAUUAUUGCCAAUACCAUCAAUCUCUUGAAGAUGUCAGUGCGAUUGAUAAGCUUGCCAAUCUCUUGGAAAACUGUGACAACCCAGUUAUCCAAACUGAUGUAUCGGGUGUCUUGGCAAAGCUUGCAGAGUAUGGAAGCCAAAAAACAGUAAAUGAAGUGUUACUUAAGAUACCCAUGAACAAGCUCGCACAAUUGCUUGAUCCUGAUGCAGAAGAGGGGCAUGAUAGCUUAUUUACUACACUAAUGUCCUUGGCUAAGGCAGGCAUCAAAGUGGAGAGGAUGUUUGCCUCAGGCAUUGAUAAGAAGCUUAUCAAACUUCUUGAAAGCGGUUCUGAGGUUACCCAACAUCAUGCCAUGGUUGCCUUGAAGUCAUUUUACGAGCUGGGUGGAACCCAUGCUAGCGAUUGUCUUAGACCUGGGACUUUGAACCUUUUGCCAUGGCAAGCUAGGCUUAGCUUAGAGAAGUUUACUCUCUUGGAUAGAAAUGUCCCAAUUCUCCAAAGUCCUUUGAUAGGGAAGUUAGUGUCCCUUUUACAAUAUGGGAAUCCUGAUGGGAUGAGAUCAGAGAGCGCCUUUUUGCUCAUGAAACUCUCUUGCUUUGGUGGUGCACCUUGCAUUUGUAAGAUGCUCGAUUAUGACACAAUUCAGGCUUUGAUUAAGAUGAUGCAUUGUAACAUGAAAGAUUUGCAAGACUCAGCAUACACUUCAGUGCACGAGAUGCUUUUUGGGGAGGGUGGGCCUCUUCUUCUUAAUCGAAUCCUUCGGACUGGCCAAAUUGAGAAGUUGGUUCAUUCUCUCGAUAGCAAAUCAAUUAAGACAAAGGAGGUUAGCUUAUUAUGCCUUCAAGAUCUUGUUGAGGUCGGCAGCAAGGCAUGCAUUGAUAAAAUCUUCUCCCUUCAUGUCAUUGAGAAAAUAGCACUCGAUAAGAACAACUCCAAAAUUAAGGAUAUUAUUGUGAAUUUUGUUAAGGGGUUGGAUAAGUGUAAGAAUCUGUCCAGUGCAGAGCGUGGAGUGCUGAAGCAGCAAAUAAUCAGGAAAGUUAGCGCAUCAGUGGGUCACAAACAGGAAGCACAUAUUAUAGCUGCAGUUGAGGGCUCAGUGGUUGAAGGUUCAAGGGUGGGGAGUAGUAAGCACAGGAAAUAGCUUCUUGACACUCCUAUUUUUGUCCUUUUUUUUUCUAAUCUGAUUCUUUUCUUGCAAAGCUUCAGCAACUGGGUCGUAAUGGUUAGUGAGAGGUGCAUUGGCUUCUGAAAAUUCAAUUCGAGCAAUGAAAGAAGAUGGGGCGUUCCUCAGCAACAGAUCAAUACAGGGAAUGGAAUAUGUAAAACUGUAUGUCAACGUGUUCUUUGUCUUCCAAUCAAAUGGAAGGUGGAGAGAGAGUGGGUUGAACAUCGGGUGCAUGUCUUGCUUUGGGUCUGUCCCACUCUCCGGUUAUCAGCAUCCCAUUAUUUCUUUGGGUUAGAGAUGACCUCAACAGGCUACAGUUUCACAUGAACAUUUUGAUUGUAGUGUACUUCCCGGCAUAUUCUCAUUGGUGUAGUGUUGAAUGGACCAGGAUUAAGCUGAGCACUAAAUUUCUGGCUGAAUUUCCCUGGACUAUAUUGGCCAAAGUAUUGGCAAGAUCCAAACCUUGAGGGAGCAGCAACCAUGGGAACAAGAUACACUUUCUGAAGGGCCACCAAGAUUUCUAUCUACUCCUAUUCUCCUACUAUGCGAUGCUUCUUCUUGCCAUGCCUAACUGAUAUGAUCAAGAUUGAACAUCUUCAUUCGUGCAAUUAAUGGCUACCCACAUGGCAUGUAAAUUUAUAUUACAAGAUGAGAUGAAUUCUUCUGUUCACAGGAUGCUGUCAGUUUUAUGCUUGGGAUAUUUGAUUCAUUUGAAAUCACUUACACGUAAGCAUGAAGAUGAAUGGUGAGGCAACCAAUCAGCUUCGUCGGACCUUUUGCUUAUCCAGUAGGUUCUGUUUCUUGUAACUCGCCUUCCUUUU